AUGUCAACCGCAAAGGUGACGCGGGCAACAACGGUACACCAAAGUACACGUAAACCGCGAACAUCCACAAGGCUCACCAAAGUUACGCUGCCAACAAAAAUUCGUCGUAUAACAACCACGACGGCAACUCUAGCAAUCACACCGGAGAAAACCACACCACAUACGCUUCAAACACCUUCUGUCACAGAAUCCGGAGUUGGCGCUAUAACAUCAAUUACUUCAACAGUUGCUCCUCCUCCAAGUCGACUGAUAUGUAAACAUCGAUCAAAUGAUAAACACGAAAAAGAAUAUGGGGAGAAGCGUAGAGCAAAACUGAGUAACUGGAACAAAAUGAGAAUUUGGAGGAAGUUAUCUCCAACAAAAAUUGUGUCACCGAUGGACGAAGAUGUAUCACCCGCCUGGAAAUACUGGCCGAAUGCCGAACUAUUUGCCGCAAUAAAAGAUGUUGUCAACAAAUUUCGGGCGUCUAUUGAUCAGUCGGGUUUACAACAAGACGUACGACAUAUGGGGACUCAACUACAAAACACCUGGGAUCAACUUCGAAGAGGUUUGAAUCGAAGCUGGGAUACGAUACGGCAGAGCGCUGAACUGAGUGUUCAACCACAUUCAGGUCCUGUGAACGAACAACUCGGACGAUUGUUUGAACGUGCACAACAGGUUGUCGCCGAUGCAGUUACAGAAGAAGGACCACACCGAUAUUUCCGACGCGGAUAA